AUGGCGAAAGGAAACAUACUAUCGUUAAUCCUCCUCUUCCUCUUUGUGGGGGUCAUGUGUGCGGUCGGUUUCGUGGUCUACAGCAUCGCGACUGACGUCGGACACAACACCAGAAAGAAGAUGGAAAAGCGCAACAUCUCCUUCACCAAGGACGGUAUGAAGGUUGGAGUGAAGGAAAAGACAGCGGAGCAACAGACAGACGAUGCGCAAGGUCUGCUGGUCAAGGUCUGGAACAAUUCAUAUUUCCCGGCCUACAAAUCGAGGUUGGGCUGGAUGGAUGGUUCUAACAGCAAUCCGGGUUCACCAGCCGGCACACCUGGGGCGGAUAAGAGGAAGCCAUAUGCGAGAUCCUCCUCGAGCCAGACCUCGGUGCCUCGUUCGUCUUCCUCGCAGAAUGUCAGCAAGGCGUAG